AUGCUCCACGCCACUCUCAUCACGGUGGUGCUGGCUCUAGCCACCAACGUUGCUGCACAGGUACAAGGCACAGCAACUGUCGACCUUUCCAAGAACCAUGGAAGAGCCUCUGCUCUUGGAUCAGGCUUCAUCUACGGCUGGCCUGAUAACGGAACAAGUGUCGACACCUCGAUCCCAGAUUAUUUAGUGACUGACAUCAAGUUCAACGCAAACCGCGGCGGUGGUGCUCAGAUUCCAUCGCUUGGUUGGGCUAGAGGCGGCUAUGAAGGAUACCUCGGUCGUUUCAACUCUACUCUAUCCAACUACCGCACCACGCGCAAGUAUAACGCUGAUUUUAUCUUGCUGCCUCAUGAUCUCUGGGGUGCAGAUGGCGGACAGGGUUCAAACUCUCCGUUUCCAGGUGAUAAUGGCAACUGGACUGAGACGGAACUAUUCUGGAAUCAGCUUGUAUCCGAUUUAAAGGCCCAUAACAUGUUGGAGGGUCUCGUGAUUGAUGUUUGGAAUGAGCCUGAUAUUGAUAUUUUUUGGGAUCGCUCAUGGCCCCAGUUUCUUGAGUAUUAUAAUCGCGCGACCAAACUCCUGCGAAAAGCACUUCCCAAAACCCUUCUCAGCGGCCCAGCCAUGGCACAUUCUCCCAUUUUGUCUGACGAUAAAUGGCAUACCUGGCUACAGUCAGUAGCGGGCAACAAGACAAUCCCUGAUAUUUUCUCCUGGCAUCAGAUUGGUGAUUGGGAACGUGAGCCCGACACCACGAUCCCCGACUUUACUACCUUGCGGGGCCAAUACGGCGUUCCAGAGAAGCCAGUUGACAUCAACGAGUACGCUGCACGCGAUGAGCAGAAUCCAGCCAACUCAGUCUACUACCUUUCCCAACUGGAGCGCCAUAACCUCAGGGGUCUACGUGCGAACUGGGGCGGUGGAUCUGAUCUGCACAACUGGAUGGGCAAUUUGAUCUACAGCACUUCCGGCACCUCUGAGGGGACAUAUUACCCUAAUGGCGAGUGGCAGGUAUAUAAAUACUAUGCAGCCAUGGCAGGGCAGAGACUUUUGACGAAAGCGUCGUCGGACUUGAAGUUUGAUGUUUUUGCCACUAAGCAAGGUCAUAAGAUUAAGAUUCUAGCCGGCACCAGAACCGUUCAAGCUAAGUACAGCAUCAAAAUCAGCAGCCUGGAGGCAGUAGGACUUCCCAAAAAGGGUGCCGUAAAGGUCCGGACUUAUCGAUUCGACUGGGCUGGGCCGAAUGGAAAAGUUGACGGGCCUAUUGAUUUGGGAGAGAAGAGGUAUAUUUAUUCGGCCGACACGCUGACACUUUCUGUCAACCCGCCUACAAACGCUACCGCCUUUGCUUACGAGUUUUCAGUUUGA